GAAGCGCUGGCACGAGAACACAGAAAGACGGAGUCACUUGCACGGAAUACAACGAUGAGGCCGAUAUCGAUGGGAGGUCGCACAGGCUUACACGAUUCCAGGCGGUGCUGAGCUUAUUCCUGGAUUUUCCGGUAUGGAUGUGAUAAUGGCCGCAGUAUUACGCUCGAUAUCAUGCUCGGUAUGCAAGGUAACAAUACGGAGAGGUUGGACCUAAAACCUUCUUCCAGACAUGCUCUGCGCCACAGCUCGGGUUUCUAUCUAAUCUAACCGGAGCGAAAAAGCUAAAAUCUCACUUGUUACCUCGUUGCUUUCCCCGACAUAAAUACGAUGGCACCCCUGGGAAUGCAAAUGCUAAAUGCCCUCCUCCUCCCUCCUCCUCCCUUGACACACCUGGAUAUCCCCUCUUCAUGCCUGGCCCCAUCUUCUGCACCCUCGUCGUCGCCCUUUUGCUGGCCUUUUUGUUCCCGCGGUCUAGGCGGUCUGACCUCAGCAAAAUACCAACCGUCGGGCCAUCAGGGCCACUCUUAUCGUAUAUCGGAGCUAUCAGAUUCAUCCUCGAUGCUCGAGGAAUGAUGCAGGAGGGCUACGACAAAUACAAGGGCGGGCUAUUCAAAAUUCCGCUGAUGGAUCGAUGGAUGGUUAUAGCCACCGGAUCACAGCUUAUCGAUGAGAUGCGAAAAGUAGCAGAUGACGAGCUCUCCCUCCAGGAAGCCGUCGAUGAUAUUUUGCAGGUAGAAUAUACGUUUGGGCUAGAAGCUCAGAGAAACCCAUAUCACAUCCCAGUCAUUCGGACGCAGCUGACUCGGAAUAUGCCUGCUCUUUUUGCCGACAUGCAAGAUGAAAUAGUCCACGCCUGCAAUGAUAUUAUACCUUUAGAUGGAAAUGAAUGGGUGAACGUUCCAGCUUACAGCUCUAUGUUAAACAUCACAUGUCGGACGAGUAACCGUCUGAUUGUUGGUUUGCCUUUAUGCAGAUCUCAGGAAUUUGCAGAUCUACACGUAAAAUUUGCCGUGCAAGUGAUCGUAUGUGCCAGUAUCGUUAAUCUACUCCCGAACUUUAUAAAACCGUUUUUUGGACGUUUGUUGACGAAUACACCCAACAGCAUCGAGCGCUGUACAGAAUAUAUUAGACCCAUCGUCGAUGAUCGCUUGCGGGACAUUGAAGAGCAUGGCGAAGAAUGGGCUGAUAAACCGAAUGACAUGAUCACUUGGUUGCUAGAUGAAGCUCGAGAGGAAAGAAACGCUCGAGCGGUGGCACUCCGAGUACUGGUGUUGAAUUUUGCGUCUCUCCAUAGUUCAUCUUCAUCGUUCACACACGCUCUUCUACACCUGGCUGCACGCCCACAUCUUCUUCAGCCUCUGCGAGAAGAGGCAGAGGCGGUUGUGCAGGAAGAAGGCUGGACGAAAGCUGCGAUGGAUAAGCUGAAAAAGAUUGAUAGUUUUCUCAAGGAGUCUCAGAGAGUGAGUGCUUUGAGUCUUGUUUCGAUGAACCGCAAGGCGUUGAAACCGUUCACGUUCUCGAAUGGCACGGUCAUACCGGCUGGGACGCAUGUCGCAGUAGCUUCUGCAUCGACGCAUCUCGACGAGGCCAACUACGCCAACGCGAGUGAGUUUGAUCCGUUUCGGUUUGCGGAUAUGAGAGAAAAGUGUGGGGAGGAGACGAAGCAUCAGCUUGUCUCGACGGAUGUGGGAUAUGUCACUUUUGGGUAUGGAAAGCAUGCGUGCCCCGGUCGGUUCUUUGCUUCCAACAUGCUCAAAGCGAUUAUGGCGCAUCUCGUCCUGACGUACGAUAUCAAAUUGAAAGACGAGGGUGUACGGCCCGCAGAUCAGUGGUUCGGGAUGAACUGUACCCCGAACAGGAAGGCGGAGAUUAUGAUGAGAAAACGACAAUCCUAGAGCCUGCUUUCUUUCUCUUCGUUUUCGAAUUCGUCUUCUUCUCUCCCCCCUUUCCCCCCGAUUAUUUGUUUUUCUCUUCAGCUGUACUAGGAUCUAGUAUCGCUACACUCUAUGACAUGACUUCACGAUGGAUCUGGAUGGAUGAAGACGAGAUCUAGGUAUCGUCGCUUGCUGUAACUUAUUGGCAUUUUUCUUUGGCUCAAUGCAUCACGACUACUCGCGGUAUCAUCAUGGUAGUAUAAAUGUCGACGGUGAUUGCGUUUGGGAGGUUUAUAUAGCUUUUCUUUUUGUAAUGAUGUUGUAUAUGUUGUACCUGUCUAGUUCGAGAGAAUGCUGCUGCUACACUAGGUUCACUAUGCGUACCUGCCAUUGGAAGGUGUUGUGUUGCGUCAACGCCUUUGGGUAUGGGAGGGCUGAUGAUACACGAGCUCUGGGUGCCAGGUAGUGCAGUCAAUAUACAAGUUCCAUCGCUGUCUUAUUGGUCGUGUCGUGUCGCAAGUUCAUGUGCAAUGUGUGCAACUGGAUGAAUACCGGUCAUGGUACAAUGCAUCUCUAUACUGAAUAGCCCCAUCCCAGUCGUACACCAUAAAGUUGACUAUCGUCUAGCUGCUACUCGUUCCUUCCAAGAUUAAUGGGAUCAUCAAGCGUCCAAAGGGACACUCAAAAGAAGCGUCAGAAGAGAAAGGCAAGAAAAGAGGAAAACACCGCAGAUCGAUCGUCCGCGUCUCGAGAAACCUCAUCCGUCCUCCGUCGAUCCCGAUCAGACGAGCAGCACAGAGUCCAAGACGGAAAAGCCAGCCGCCACCCCUCCCUCAUUACUCUCCGUCCCCUUCGUACGGACCAACCAGCCGGCCUCCGCCUCGCUCACCACCUCCCCCGCGCCGAAGAGGGCCCAGCCGAAUAUGCCGAGCUCGCUGAUGACCUCCGCCUUGA